AUGUGCGCCGUAGCUUAUUGGCGGUGGACGUGCAAUGGUAAUGUGUUUGUUGCAUUUAUAGCGAGUAAAUGUCGAGUUGCGCCGGUAAAACCACUGACUGUGCCGCGACUAGAAUUGCAAGCCGCGCUUCUAGCGGCGAGACUCGCCGACACCAUUAUUAAGGAGCAUAAGUUGAGCGUGUUACAGCGAUUCUUUUGGAGUGACUCGACCACGGUUUUGCACUGGAUUAAUAAUGACGCGAGAAAUUAUAAAACAUUUGUAGCAAACCGGUUGGGCGAGAUUGAUGAGGUCACUAGUAGUAAAGAAUGGCGAUACGUGCCUCUACUGAAUUAA